CAAGUACUGUACCCGCUUUAACAAACUAGCACGUUUUGUAGUUCAAUUCGGAGUAACAAAAGUUUCUGUGCAAAUCAGUGCAAAGCAUAACACAGCACGUUCCGUUGACGACAUCUCCCCCAACACCAGAAACUUUUCGCAUACCAAUAUUGAUGUCAGCCAGCUGGAAACAUGGACUUGACCCGCCCCGGCCGGACGCGGUUGGCAUCCUUGCCAUCGAGAUGUACUUUCCAACGCAGAAGGUGAACAUGGCGGACAUGGAGGCCGCAGACGGCUGUCCGGGCAAGUACACCCUCGGUCUGGGCCAGGAGGCGAUGGCGUUCUGCAGCGACCGCGAGGACGCGGUGUCCAUGUCGCUCACGGCGGCGCAGCGGCUCAUGGAGCGGUACGGCGUGCGGCCGCAGGAGGUGGGCUACCUGCAGGUCGCCACCGAGUCGGGAGUGGACCGCAGCAAGAGCAUCAAGUCGCAUCUCAUGCAGCUCUUCAACCAACAGCAGCCACAGCAGCAGCCCGCGCAACCCCAGCAGCCCUCCCAGCAGCAACCUCAGCCCCAGCAGGGGCCCUCCCGGCGCCCUGCUGCCGGCUGGGUCCCCACCGCGUCCGGCCCCCCCGCCGAGGGGGUGGACUGCAUGCACGCUUGCUUCGGAGGCACCUCGGCGCUGAUGGCGGCAGCAGCCUGGGUGGAGAGCCGCCGCUGGGACGGGCGCCUGGCGAUGGUGGUGGCGGCGGAUGUGGCGCUGUACGCGCCGGGCAGCGCAGCCAGACCCACGGGCGGCUGUGGCGCCGCCGCGCUGCUGGUGGGCCCCGACGCGCCACUGGUGCUGGAC